ACGAAUUAAACAAGCAUGAAAUAAAAAAUUAUAUUUUUCCCUUAUUAUAAUUUUGAUAAGAAAUGUCCCUAUUAUCUACCAGCCGAGAAUAUUUAACGUCAAAAACUAAGAAGAAAUUUUUUUUUAUAGAUUAUGACAAAAUUGUUGAUACCAUAAAAUCAAGAAGUUUGUGGGAAAGCGUUUUAUUGGGCCAAUUAAUCUCAAUACUGAUUUGCACGACCGGAGUGACGAGUGAAGUAUUAGCUUCCGUUUAUCACGUUCAUAUACCCACGGCUCAAAAUUUUUUCAAUUACCUGGUGCUGGCGCUGGUGUUCAACGCGUGUCUCUAUUUUAAAAGGCGGAACGUGAUAUCAUCCCGCUAUUCCUCCUACACCAAAUACUAUUAUUUCGAGAUAUUGAAAAACCGUGGUAUCAAAUACUUCGUUUUAGCCCUCAUUGAUGUCGAAGCUAAUUACCUGAUAGUUAAGGCUUACCAGUACACCACUCUCACCAGUAUCCAGUUGUUGGAUUGCUUAAUCAUACCCGUGGUAAUGCUACUGUCCGUGCUGUUUCUCAAGGCCAGAUACAGAGUAUCCCAUUUUCUUGGCGUAUUCAUAUGUGUGUUGGGGGUGGGAUUCCUGAUUUAUUCUGAUCGUCAACAAAGGAUCACUACCACCACGGCUCAAGCAUUGAAUAUCCAACAGGAUACCUUCGGUAAUAACAAAUUUUUGGGUGAUAUGCUUUGCCUGGUAGCAGCUAUCCUCUACGGUCUCUCCAAUGUUGGGCAGGAAUUUUUUGUGAAAAGAUUCGAUAAAUACGAAUUUUUGGCCUUGCUGGGAACCUUCGCUACCCUUAUAAAUGGAGUACAAUUCCUAAUUUUAGAACGUUCCGAAAUCAAAAUUUCUCACUUCAUUAAUUCAAACCUGAAAACUUCUUACCCUAUAUUACUUGUAUUCCUAUUUUCUCUCGCCAUGUUCGGACUUUACUUCUGCAUGGCUACGGCCCUCAAUAGAACCUCAGCUCUGGCCGUUAACCUUUCUAUACUGUCGGCCGAUUUCUAUACCCUGUUUUUGGGAGUGUUUUUGUUCCAUUUUAAGUUCAAUGCACUAUUCCUUCUCGCCUUUCUCUUAAUAAUAAACGGGGUUGUUAUUUACAACCUUGCCCCGUCGCAACCAACCUCCGAUUCGGUUCAAACAAAUACUAACGAUUCCAGCAAUAUGCCCCAACCGAAUGAAGCCGCCGAGCUUAAAGAUUCCUCGACCAAUAUAAACGGUUUUACUAACGGUAAAGUUUCUAUUCUUGAUAAAAGCAAGCCUUUUCGUAACGCAAGUGAUGACAACGCCUUUAUUACUAAUCAUUUUGAAGAUGGGGCAAAGGACGCUUUCGCGAUAUCUAUCGAUCCUCAAUCAAAUUUUGCCAACGAUAAUUUUGAUCCGGAGACUAAUUUGGUCCCGACCAAUAAAUAAUGAUUGGUUUAUUAAAAAUUUUAAUAAAUUUCCAAACUAAAUAAAUAAAUCUCUAAAUCAAAUAAUAAUUCUUUUUUUUUAAAAAAAAACAAAUAUAAAUUUAUUUUUUUUAAAAACGUUUAAAAUUUUUUAUUUUCAAAGAGAAAAAUAAUAGUAAUCGUGUUUUAUUAUUUAUAUUAUAAAAGACCCUAUAAUUUUUGUCGUCUACUUAAUUUUUUUUUUAUACAAUAGUAUAUUCACAAUAUUCUUUUUAGUAUUUGAUUCGUUACAACAUACAAUAAUAUUAAUUUUUUAGUUUUUAUAGAUCGUAUACAAUUAUUAUUUUUUAAAUAGUAUGUUUAAAAGAAAUAAUUAAAAUCAUUUGCUUCCACAUCA